UAGAGAAUUAUUAGAAUCGUGCUGGUAACUACAGGAAACACAACUGCGCAACGUAACGAUUCUGUCAAUAUUUUAAUAGCUCAAUUAUUAACUGAAAAUGGCGACAGAAUCAAAGCCCGAUACCACAGCAAGCAAUGUGCCCGACUGGGUGCAGGCCGAACUUUUUCUGGAUGUACUGAGAGAAUCGGUUAAGGGGUUCUCAAAAAUAAAGAGCUUCAAGGCCGCCAGCGGAUCGGCAGCAGGUGAAAACUAUGCGACGAUCAUGUUGCGUUUGAAUAUAGAAGUCGAACUGGAGGAUGGCAAGGAGAAAUCAGUCUCCUAUAUGCUCAAACUGCCGCAUCAAAUGGAGAUCUAUAAAAAGAUGAUGGAGGGCAACAAUAUAUUUGCGAUUGAGUUUACCAUGUACAAAACGAUUGUGCCCGAGCUGGAACAAAUUUAUCGUGACGCCGGAGUGGAGGUGAAAUUCGGUGCCAAGGCCUAUGAGCUGAAGGGCGCUAAAACAGAUUACAUACUGCUUGAGGAUCUGGCACCUAGGGGUUUUAAGAACACCAAUCGCACGGAGGGCUUGGAUCAGGAACAUACAGAGUGUGCUCUGAAAAGGUUAUCCAUGUGGCAUGCCGCUUCCGCGAUGCGUGUUGCCACCAAGGGAGCCUAUCCAGAGAACUUGACGGUUGGUUUCUACAAGGAGGAACUGCGUCCAAUGAUAGCUGAGAUGAAUAGUAAUUUAACAAAGAAUUUUCUUAGCAGCGUUAAGCUGUACGAAGGAAAUGAGGAUUACAUAGAAAAACUGAGAGAUUUGGAGACCAAUACCACUGAUCAAAUGUUCAAAAUGACCAAGGUAGAUCACAAUAACUUUAAUGUGCUGAAUCAUGGUGACUUUUGGAGCAACAAUAUGAUGUUCUCACACGACGCCUUUGGAAAAAUCAAGGAUAUAUGUUUAGUCGAUUUCCAAAUGCCAAAGUGGGGCGUAGUAGCACAAGAUUUAUACUACUUUCUCCUGUCCUCAACUAAGCUCGAGGAUAAGCUGACGAAAUUCGAUUACUACAUCAAGUUCUAUCAUGAUAGUCUUGUUGAAAACCUAAAGACACUGAAGUAUCCGAAAACUCUGCCUACAUUACGCGAAUUGCACAUGACCCUCUACAAGUAUGGCUUCUGGGGUUACCUGACCGCCACAGGUGUUAUGAGCGCCGUUCUGGUCGAUCCCACCGAAACGGCCAGCUUUGAGAACUUCCUCAGCGACUCCACAGAAGGCACCGACUUUAAGACCUUGCUCUAUACCAAUCCACGAUAUCGUAAACAUAUCCAGGCCAUAUUGCCUUGGUUGUUAAAUCGUGGCGCCAUUGAAGGAUUCACAAAAAUGUCCGCCGAAUCCAAACCCGACCCAUCCCCCAAGAACGUGCCCGAUUGGGUGCAGGCCGAAACAUUUUUGGAUGUGCUCAAAGAAUCGGUUAAGGGGUUCUCAAAAAUCAAGAAAUUCAAGGCUAACAGCGGAUCGGCGGCUGGCGAAAACUAUGCGACGGUCGUGUUGCGUCUAAAUAUAGACGUCGAGCUGGAGGAUGGCACUGUCAAGGCCGUAUCCUAUAUGCUUAAGGUGCCGCAUCAACUGGAAAUGUUUCAGGCAAUGAUGGAGCAUACUAAAAGUAUCUUUGAUAUAGAACGCAAUAUGUAUAAUAUCCAUGUGCCCGAGAUGGAACAAUUGUAUCGUAAUGCUGGUGUGGACAUCAAAUUCGGUGCUCAGGCGUAUACUGUAAAGGGUGCUGAAACAGAGUAUAUACUACUUGAGGAUCUGGCGCCGAGGGGUUUCAAGAACUCUAAUCGGCUGGAGGGUUUGGAUCAGGGGCACACCGAAGCUGCUCUGCGUAAGUUGUCCAUGUGGCAUGCCGCCUCCGCAGUGCGUGUGGCCAACAAGGGUGUCUAUCCGGAUCAGCUUAUGGUUGGCUUCUACAAGGAAGAAAACCGUGUAAUGAUGUCCGAGAUGAACAAACAAUUGACCCAGAAUUUUCUCAAGUGCUGUGCAACCUACGAGGGCAAUGAAGAGUAUAUAGAGAAAGUGCGAGCUCUGCAGCCCAAGAUAAAUAAUGAACUCUUUAAAAAGUCCAACAUCGAUACCAACGAAUUCAAUGCACUAAACCAUGGUGACUGUUGGAGCAACAAUAUAAUGUUUUCACACGACUCCUUUGGAAAAAUCAAGGAAACCAGUCUGGUGGACUUUCAAUUACCGAAAUUCGGUUCGGUGGCGCAGGAUUUGUACUACUUUCUGCUGUCCUCAACCAAAUUCGAGGAUAAGCUCACCAAGUUCGAUUACUAUAUCAAGUUCUAUCAUGAAAAUCUUUCGGAAAAUCUAAGACUAUUGAAAUAUCCUAAAGUCGUGCCUACGCUUCGUGACAUACACCAAUCGCUUUUCAAGCAUGGAAUUUGGGGCUUUAUUACCGCAACGACCAUUAUGAGCGGCAUUCUACUGGAUCCCUCAGAAGCCGCCAAUAUUGAAAACUUUUUAAGUGAUUCCGCUGAGGGCAACGAUUUGAAAACCCUGCUCUAUUCCAACGCACGCUAUCGCAAACAUAUCCAAGUGGUGUUGCCUUGGCUUCAUAAUCGUGGCGCUCUCGAAAUAUAAAUUUAUAUUUAGAAGCGUUUUAUACCAAAAUCGUAAACAUUUCUGCUAUCGACAGUUUGAUCAAUAAUUUCCUUAUCGGUAUUAGAUUAUUGUAAAAAGUAUUGUCAAAUAAAUUUUAUUUGUGAAUCGGA